ACUUGUUUUAAUAUGUCAGAUGGCUGAGGGCGACAAGAAAAAGGCUGCCCGUAAGCAUCACGGGAGCCGUAACCCGGUCCUGGCACGGGGCAUCGGACGUUAUUCCCGGUCAGCCAUGUCUGUUCGCCGGGCCAUGUACAAGAGGAAGACUAAAGCUCCUGUGACGAAGAUUGAGAAGAAACUCAAGGAAAAGAAGUCCGUGACCGUCACCAAGACUGUCGGUGGAGACAAAAAUGGAGGCACCCGUGUCGUCAAACUGCGUAAAAUGCCCCGUUAUUACCCCGCAGAAGAUGUGUCCCGCAAGCUGAGGAGUCACGGUGUCAAACCCUUCAGUCGACACACCAGGAGACUCCGCAAAUCCAUCACCCCUGGAACAGUGCUUAUCCUCCUGACCGGACGCCACCGUGGCAAGCGUGUGGUCUUCCUCAAGCAGCUGGGCACCGGUCUCCUCCUCGUUACGGGUCCUCUGGCUAUCAACAGGGUUCCCCUGCGUAGAGCUCACCAGAAGUUCUGCAUUGCUACCAACACCAAGGUGGACAUCUCUGGACUGAAGGUCCCAAAGACGUUGACUGAUUCUUACUUCAAGAAGAAGAAGCUCAGGAGGCCCAAGCACCAGGAGGGAGAGAUCUUCGACACGGAGAAGGAGAAGUACCAGCUGACAGAAGAACGAAAGGAAGUUCAGAAAGCUGUGGACUCUCAGCUGCUUCCCAUGAUCAGGAAGGUUCCUCAGCUGAAAGGAUACCUGCGAUCCAAGUUCUGUCUGUCGAAUGGAGUUUUCCCCCAUAAACUGGUUUUCUAAGAUGCAAAUAAAAUCUGUGUUGACUCA